CCAGUCAACUAGGGUUUAAAGAUCCUUCUGUUUUCUUCUUUUUCCCUCGAUUUUCCUUUUUAUUGUUUCACUUAAAGUUUCCCUCUUGAUCAUUCUAAGAUAACUUGAUUCAAUUUUACCAAACGGGGUCUUGCCUUUAAAUUGACUUUUCCAGAGAAAAGAACAAGAAAAGUGGAAAUCACAUAGAAAUGGCAACCCAAGCAGCAGCUACCACUUUCAAUGGAAAUCUAAAGAAGGCCCUUGCUGGUCUGAGGCGAAUUAAUCUGGAAGGUCUGCGAUGGAGAGUCUUUGAUGCCAAAGGCCAGGUCCUUGGAAGAUUGGCAUCUCAAAUUUCUACUGUGAUUCAAGGAAAGGACAAGCCUACUUACGCUCCAAAUCACGAUGAUGGGGAUAUGUGCAUUGUGAUUAAUGCCAAGGAUGUAUGUGUUACAGGAAGAAAACUUACGGAUAAGUUUUAUUACUGGCAUACAGGCUAUGUUGGCAACCUCAAGGAAAGAAGUUUAAAGGACCAGAUGGCGAAGGAUCCUACAGAAGUCAUACGCAAAGCAGUGCUACGCAUGCUGCCAAGAAACAAACUGCGUGAUGAUAGAGAUCGAAAAUUGAGGAUAUUUGCUGAUAGUGAGCACCCUUUUGGUGAUCGGCCCCUUGAACCAUAUGUGAUGCCGCCCCGAACAGUACGAGAAAUGCGGCCUCGUGCAAGAAGAGCCUUGAUUCGAGCUCAAAAGAAGGCAGAGGAGCAAGAACAAGGUGGAAACCAAUCAAGAAAAGGCAAAAGGAAAGAAGCUAAGAUGGAAGUUACGGCAUGAAGAGUGAUUGGCCUUAUCUCCUUCUCUGAUAGCCAGUGAUUUUCAUGUUCUGUAUAAAACUACUGCAACCGUUGGUGGAUCAGCUCUUGUUGGAAUAAUGGUCUUGCUCAUCAGUUUUCUAAAAAUUCUUUCUAGCUCAAGCAUACCAGCCCUAGUUUUUGUUUUCGAGUUUAGCUUUUCAGCGAAGCAAAAGAUGUAGCUGGUGUCUUCACUUGUUGGCAGCCCGAUAGAUCCCCAAAGCCGAAACUACUCCGUUAAAUGUCUGCAUUAAGAUAUUUCUUUAUUGUUGUACCUUGAGUAGUGCUGGCAGAGCUGGGUUUUUUAGGGCAAGGUCAUGCGCUACAUUAUAUUUGAUUUAGUGUCCGCUACAUGUUUGCUUUAGAGAAA